AUGGAAAUCCUUAAUCAAUGGCUUAAGGAGACUCGGGAACGAGUUGGUGCCGCCGUGACAGCGUACAGUAACCACCAAGUGAACAAAAACUAUCAAUUUUUGUUUAUCUCCUGGCUGGGAAAUUUUUGGUCCUCUAAUAACCCUGAUCCCCUCAAGAGUGAAGCUAGAUGGCUGAACAUGAACAGGCAUAUGGACGCCGUCCGGGCCUUUAUUAAUAGGGAUAGCGUCUCGGGAGUCGCCGAAAAUCCCUACUUGUUCUGCGGUGAUGGAUCUGCUCAGCAUUACGAUUGCAACUCCGCGGUAGAAGGUCCAGAUGAUCAGCCGAUCAAGGGCCGUGAGAACCCCCCCAUAUAA